AUGGAGGAAGGAGAUGCCACCUUGUUGGAGGUUAUACUGGCCGGCAGGGACUGCCUGGUGGCGGGAGACUCAUGCUCGAGUGAUGAGACUUGUAGUCCACGUCUACGUACUUUACGUCAGUGCGUGGCGGGAAACGGAAGCAUGAAGCUUGGCCCGGGAGCACGAAGCCAGUGCGCCAAUGCUGUGUCAGCUCUCCUGUCCAGUCCCUUACAUGGCUGCCAGUGUAAACGAGGAAUGAAGAAGGAGAAGAACUGCCUAAGCAUCUACUGGAGCCUGCAUCAGUCUAUAAUUCAUGACUCAGAUGUUGGCAUGACAACGGUAAAUCGCUGCUUGGAUGCAGCCAAGGCUUGUAAUGUUGAUGACUUGUGCCAGAGGCUUCGCACAGAAUAUGUCUCCGCCUGUAUCAAACCUACUGCCAAGUCAGGCUUGUGCAACCGACCUAAAUGCAAUAAGGCUCUGCGCAAGUUCUUUGACCGUGUUCCUGCUGACUACACGCAUGAACUGCUUUUCUGCCCAUGUACGGACACCGCGUGCGCAGAGCGUCGAAGGCAGACUAUAGUACCCAGCUGCUCCUAUGAAAGUGUGGAAAAACCUAAUUGCAUUACAGAAAUGAGGAUCUGUAAAGCCGACUAUGUGUGCAGAUCCCGUCUGGCACAGUUUCAGUAUGACUGUGAACCCUCAGAUACAUCUGUCAGUGGAUGCAAGCAAGGCAACUACGAAGCCUGCCUCUUUGCCUACACAGGGCUUAUAGGAAGCACAAUCACUCCAAAUUAUGUUGACAACUCCACAUCCAAUGUGGCCCCAUGGUGCUCCUGCUCAGCCAGUGGGAGCCAGAGAAAGGAGUGUGAUCAUUUUCUGGAAUAUUUCACAGACAACACCUGUCUCAGUGAGUGUCAUGAUGUGCACAGUAAAAGGGAAUGUACAGGCUUGGGCUAUUCAGAGUACUGUGAC